AUGGUGAUAGAUCAUUCACCGGUGCGACAGCAACAACGUCAAAACGUACAAGUGGACAGCCCAAAUUCUCCAGUCUUACCUAACCGAGAAGCAAACAUGACUGAGCAAGCAGGAAACAUUGUUUUUAAUCAAGAACAAGCUCUUGAAAUUUUUCAAACUCGAAAACCAAAAAUUGCGCCAUUUUGGAAAUCAAGUCCAAAGCUAUGGUUCGGACAAGUUGAAGCCGCGUUUGGUCUUGCACGUAUCACCUCGGAUAUGACUAAAUACCAAUACGUCAUCACCAACCUCGAUCCUGAGACUCUACCAUUUAUCUCCGACAUCAUGGAACGACUUCCAGAUCAAGGUAAAUACGAAGUCAUAAAAGAACGUCUUAUUAGUCAGUUCGACGAAACUAAUGAGUCUAAAUUACGUCGUAUUUUGCGAGGAGCUGAAUUUGCUGAUGACAAACCAUCAAACAUGCUGCAACGGAUGAGAAAUCUAGCUGGAACUGAAGUUGGUGAUAACAUCCUUCGAACACUCUUCCUGGAACAACUUCCUGAGCAUGUACGAGGCAUCUUAGCUAUCAGUGAGGUCGUUGAUCUAUCAAAACUCGCUCUCCAAGCUGAUAAAAUCAUGGAAGUUUCUCGACCUAGCAUCUUGGCGAUAGAUAACAACGGAAAUGCAUGUGCAUCAACAUCCUCAAAGUCAAAAACAUCUCCAAUGAAUACUGAAGAUCUGUCAACACAAAUUGCAAUUUUAACCAAGAAUUUUGAUGAGUUAAACCGCUACGUAAGACGUGAUCGAGCCAGAUCCCGAAGUAGAUCACGAAAUUCACAACAAAGUAACAACAACAAUGAUGGAUUUUGUUUUUAUCACAGUAGAUUCGGAGAAAAGGCACGUAAAUGCCGUCAACCCUGCAACUUCAAGAGUAAUUCUCAGCCUUUAAACUAA